CUUUGUUUUUGUUAUCAUCACACGUCGCUCUACAAAUAAUCAAAAUGGCUGAUAAUAAUGAAACUAAGGAGGGGCAGACUGAGAACAGUUUAAUAGUGAGGAUUAUGUCUGAACUCUUUGGUAGCCCACUAAACCUUGCAUUGCUUGCAAUCUGUGGUUUUCUUAUUUAUAAAAUAAUUUCUAGUAGGAGAUCAACUAAUUCAGCUCCAAGUAAAGAACCCGAACUCCCUCCACUCAAAAAACAGGAUUUUACACUGGAGCAGCUGAGAGAAUAUGAUGGAAAAGGAAUAGAUGGACGAGUUCUCAUAGCUGUUAAUGGAAAGGUCUUCGAUGUUACUAGGGGAAAAAGAUUCUAUGGACCAGGCGGACCUUAUGGACUAUUUGCCGGACAUGAUGCUUCAAGAGCUUUGGCUACAUUUUCGUUAGGAGAAGAUGCCUUAAAGAAUGAACACGAUGACCUGAGUGACCUAAAUAGCAUGCAGAUGGAAAGCAUAAGAGAGUGGGAGAUGCAGUUCCAAGAGAAAUAUGUGUAUGUUGGCAAACUUCUGAAACCUGGUGAACAACCCACAGAGUACAGUGACACUGAGGAUGAAGACAAGACAGAGACUGAAAAGAAAACUGACUAAUUCUAGUAUUAUCAUAUUACAUGUCCUUGUGUGUACCAGUGUGAGAUUAGAUGAUAGUCUGUGUGAACUCUGUGUUGAGACGAAUGGUUAAUUGCUUGAUGUUUAUAUGUGCCAGUGUUUGGAAAGAUGAACAGAAGUUGCUCUGUGUUGGGAUAAAAGGUUUUCUACCCCUGGGUUUGUGUGUCUUUGAAGCCUUUUGUACAAUUUUGUUGUUCCUUCCUUCAAUGUGUUUGUCCCCACAGUUUAGUUGUCCACGAGCAUGUAGACAUCAUUUUUCAUGUUAUGAGAACAUUUGAAUGCAGAAUUUAUUUAUUAUUUUUUUUUUUUUUUACUUUUUGAAGGGAACAAAAUAUUUGUGCUUUAACUGUUCUCCAAUGUCAGAGAUUUCAUAAAUAGUUCUUACUUUUCUGGAUAUAGAGUUUAUUAGUAUCAGAUUUUUAAAGUUUUAGGUGGGGGAAACAUUUGUUAUUUUUUUUAUCAUUAAACCUGUUGAUCUGUUGCUUUUCCAUAAUCCUGUUGCCAUUGUUCAACCUUUUGCACUAUAUUAAUUUUCCCUUGAAAUGUUAUUAGUGCACUGAUAAACAGAUAUGAGAAUGUACACGUCUAAUUUCUUCUGGAAACAUAUUUGUUUUGUUUCAUAACCAGAACUUUUUAUUUGUACAAACUAUUGAUUUUUAAAGUAUGUAACAAGGAGUUAAUGGCAGUAAGGCUUUUAUGAUUUGUAGAUGGCAGGUUGGCAGAAAGGCCUUGUAUAGUGUAGGGGGGAAUUAGUUCUUUGCAUAUUGUAGAUGACAUGAAGGCCUAUGAAGUAGUUGGCAAGUAGGUCAACCUAAGUACAAGUAGCGUUGGACUUAUCAAUAUUCUUUGCUUUUUUUUUUUUCAUUGUGGUUUUUUUGAAUAGCACUUUGUUUUGCUAUAAUACUUUCAGGCUUGAUUUUUUUAAGUGCAACAAAUUAACAGCUAUAUCUGAAUGUAUGAUUAGUAGACAUUGUUAAUUCAAGACAGCCGCAGUGUAACUUGUAGUCUUUGUUGCUAUUUCAGGCCAGGUUUCUGUUUUGUAGUGUUGUUGAGGGCAUGAUCUAAAAGGAUUAGAAAUCAGCUUGAUAACCGGCCUGAUUUUUAGCGUCUCGUCAAUGUCAACAUUAUAUUGAUGGCAUGCAGUAUAUCAUUAGGUUUUACCCUCAUGUUUGUAUAUGACUUGAACAGGUUUUUUCAUGACAAGAUCACUCAAUGACCUUAAGAGUUUCUAAUGACUGAAUUUUAAAAAAAUCAUUACAUGUGGGGGGUGUUAGUUUUCUUGAUUAAAUAAAAUAGAGACUUCUUUCAAAUGCUAUGUAUAUCAUUUAUUAUUUGGCUCUGCUAUCUACCCAUGUAAAAAUAAUAUGGGGAAUCAUUAUUAACAUUGUAAUUUCAGGUUUUAUUUAGUUUUCAAAUGUCCCUAAGUCCUUAUUAGAUUUUUUUUUUUUUUUUGCUUAUAGUCUAUAGAGCUGCAUCAUUUGGGUCAUGCUUUAAUAAGAGAUAGGUCGGGUCAUAUUUUGAUAAGAGGUCUCAGAGUAGUCUUACUCUAUAUUUAUACAAAAAUAUAUGUCUGUAGUAAGAAUAUAGAAAACUCUAACCUAUGUAAUAUGUAUCAUGUUAACAAGUUUAGCUUUAUUAAAGACUACAAUGCAUGUGUGAUAUAUACAACUUGUACCACAUUCAACUUAGCAGUCCUUAUAUAUGUCUAUAUAAGGUAGAUUGAUUUCUUAUGUUAAUAAUGAUAGAACAGCUGUCAAGUUCAUUAAGCUUAUUUUGUAUGAAUAAACAAAAAUGGCUCUGUU